UAUCCUUACGACGGUUACAACUGAACAAAAAAAAACUAAAAAAAGAGCACAUCGCAGUCUCGCGCGAAAACAAAAAAAAGAAUGGCAAAAACUCGUAAAAUAAUACAAAAGGGAUGGGCAGUUUCCUUAAUUACCUGAACCACACACUUUCAUCAUCUUCUCCGUCAAUCUCAGUCCACUUUACCAUCUCUACUCCUUUCAUCCGUAAUGAUAAUUUCUUUUUGAGGAAAGAAAAGAAAAGAAAAAUUAAUAACAAAGAAAAUAAGCGCAACUUCUUCGCUAAGUAUCUCUUUACCAAUAGCAAUCAUUUUCCUUGCCUUUAAUUGAAUUUCUUUCCUCUCUGCCAAACACAUUUCCUCAAUUUUCAUUUUUAUUGUUUUUUUUCCAAAUUACUGGAAUUGGUUGAGAAAUUUAGAUCUUAGGACAGGAUCGGGAUCCAGAUGGAGGAGGCACUGGAGCUGGCACGCGCCAAAGACACCAAGGAGCGAAUGGCGGCUGUGGAACGUCUCUACCACCUCCUCGAAGGUUCCAGAAAGAGUCUGACUUAUUCGGAGGUUACUUCGCUCGUGGAUUGCUGCAUGGAUCUCCUCAACGACAACAACUUCAGAGUCUCCCAGGGCGCUCUCCAGGCUCUUGCUUCUGCCGCCGUCCUCUCUGGUGAUCACUUGAAGUUGCACUUCAACGCGCUUGUUCCCGCGGUUGUUGAACGGUUAGGUGACGCUAAGCAACCCGUCAGAGACGCUGCGAGACGCCUACUUCUCACUCUCAUGGAGGUUUCUUCUCCAACAAUUAUUGUUGAAAGGGCGGGCUCUUACGGCUGGACGCAUAGAAGUUGGAGAGUUAGGGAGGAAUUUGCCCAGACAGUCACAUCCGCAAUCAGUCUUUUUGCAUCUACUGAGCUUCCACUUCAACGGGCUAUUCUCCCCCCCAUUUUGCAGAUGUUGCAUGACUCAAAUCCCGGUGUUCGUGAAGCUGCUAUAUUGUGCAUUGAGGAAAUGUAUAUGCAGGCUGGAACCCAAUUUCGUGAUGAACUUCAUCGCCAUCAGCUUCCUGCAUCUAUGGUGAGAGAUAUUAAUGCCAGACUAGAGAAAACUGAGAUGCUAGUUCGACCUUCAAAUGGAACGUUGGGUGGUCUUGCUGCUGGAGAUAGAAAGCCUGUCAUCUAUAACGUCAAGAAAAGCAGUCCACGAGCCAAGAGUUCUUCAAGGGAGACAUAUCUUUUGGGAGGUGAAAUUGAUGUCACAGAAAAAUCCACAGAUCCUAUUAAAGUUUACUCAGAUAAGGAGUUGAUAAGGGAAUUUGAGAAAAUUGCUUCUACUCUUAUGCCAGAAAAAGAUUGGUCCAUUCGCAUUGCUGCAAUGCAGAGAGUUGAAGGCCUUGUUUCUGGAGGUGCUGCUGAUUAUCCAUGUUUCCGGGGACUUUUGAAGCAGCUUGUUGGCCCACUAAGUACACAGUUAUCAGAUAGAAGGUCAAGCAUUGUGAAGCAGGCUUGCCAUUUGUUGUGCUUCUUAUCAAAGGAGUUCUUUGGAGAAUUCGAGUCAUGUGCUGAGAUGUUCAUCCCAGUCCUUUUCAAGUUGGUUGUGAUUACUGUGCUUGUAAUUGCAGAGUCUGCAGAUAAUUGCAUAAAAAUGAUGUUGCAUAACUGCAAAGUUGCCCGCGUGCUUCCCCGCAUAGCUGAUUGUGCAAAGAAUGACCGUAAUGCUGUACUCCGUGCCAGGUGCUGUGAAUAUGCACUGUUGAUACUUGAACAUUGGCCAGAUGCACCAGAAAUACAGCGAUCAGCUGAUUUAUAUGAGGAUUUGAUUAGGUGUUGUGUUGCUGAUGCCAUUAGUGAGGUACGAUCAACUGCUAGAAUGUGCUACAGAAUGUUCACCAAAACUUGGCCAGAUCGUUCUCGUCGCUUGUUCUCCUCCUUUGAUCCUGCCAUUCAAAGGAUAAUUAAUGAAGAAGAUGGAGGGAUGCAUAGGCGGCAUGCAUCUCCAUCUCUCCGUGACAGAAAUGUAAAGAUUUCAUUUACCUCACAAACUUCUGCUACUUUAAAUGUACCUGGAUGUGGAACGUCUGCUAUAGUUGCAAUGGACAGAACUUCAAGCUUGUCCUCAGGGACAUCUCUCUCUUCUGGGUUGAAUUUCUCCCAAUCAAAGCCCGUAGGUAAAGGUGCUGAGCGUACUCUGGAGAGUGUAUUGCAUGCAAGCAAACAGAAAGUUAGUGCUAUUGAAAGUAUGCUUAGAGGUCUGGACAUAUCUGAAAAACAGAGGUCGACAAGUUUGGCUCUAGGAGUUGACCCUCCAUCAUUUCGUGAUCCACCAUUCCCUGCUGCUGUUUCAGCUUCUAAUAGUCUCACAAGCUCUUUAGGACUAGAAUCAAUCACCUCUACUGUUGGUAAAAGUGGUAACCACAAUGGUGAUCUGAUUCUGUCUGAUAUCAUCACUCAAACUUCCAAAGAUUCAGGCAAGUUGUCAUAUAGAAGUAAUGUGGCAACUGAGUCUUUUCCAGUUUUAUCAUCAUACUCUCCCAGGAGGGCAGCUGUAAGGCCAGACCGAGGUUCUAUUGAAGAUAACACCGAUAUCAGAGAGGCCAGUCGGUUUAUAAAACCACAUAUUGACAGGCAAUAUUUUGAAAUGCCCUAUAGAGAUGUAAACUCCAGGCAUUCACAGAACAAUAAUAUUCCAAACUUCCAGAGGCCACUUUCAAGAAAGCAUGUAUCUGGGCGGAUCUCUGCUGAAAGGAGAAAGAUUUUUGAUGAUAACCAACCGUCACUUGGUGAGAUUUCAAAUUAUGUUGAUGGUCCAGCUUCUCUCACCGAAGCCCUAAGUGAGGGGCUUAGUCCUAGUUCUAAUUGGUGUGCCAGAGUUGCUGCUUUUAUGUAUCUCCAGUCUUUGUUGCAGCAGGGUCCAAAAGGUGUUCUGGAAGUGAAUCAAAAUUUCAUGAAGGUAAUGAAAUUGUUUUUCCAGCACUUGGAUGACCCUCACCAUAAAGUUGCACAGGCUGCUCUUUCAACACUUGCAGAUAUUAUUCCAUCAUGCCGAAAGCCCUUUGAGAGUUACAUGGAAAGGAUCUUACCCCAUGUUUUCUCGCGGUUAAUUGAUCCAAAGGAGUCGGUUAGGCAACCUUGCUCCACAACAUUGGGAAUUGUUAGCAAAACUUAUAGCAUAGAUUCUCUUUUACCUGCUUUGCUACGUUCUCUUGAUGAACAGCGAUCACCAAAGGCAAAGCUAGCUGUUAUUGAGUUUUCCAUUAGUUCCUUCAACAAGCAUGCUACGAAUUCUGAAGGUUCUAGUAAUAUUGGCAUCCUGAUGUUAUGGCUUGCUAAAUUGAAACCUUUGGUCCAUGAUAAAAAUACCAAGCUUAAGGAUGCGGCUAUUUCUUGCAUUAUAUCUGUAUAUUCACAUUUUGAUGCGAUUGCUGUUCUAAAUUUUAUUCUUAGUUUAUCAGUUGAAGAGCAAAAUUCCUUGAGACGGGCCCUUAAACAGUACACACCUCGUAUUGAGGUGGACCUGAUAAGCUAUUUGCAGAACAAGAAAGAGAGACAGCGGUCUAAGUCAUCUUAUGAUCCAUAUGAUGCUGUUGGAACAUGGUCUGAAGAAGGAUAUGUUGGUGUGUCCAAGAAGAGUCUUUUACUUGGAAGGUAUUCUUCUGGUUCCGUUGAUAGUGAAGGUGGUAGGAAGGGUUCCACUCAAGAUUCAACCCUGAUCACUGGCCCUAUUGGCCAGGAAACAUCUGAUGAAACUCAGGUUAACUUAUUUCAGAACUUCGGGAUCAGUUCAAAUGCAGAUGUUCUUCCUUCCAAAACCAAAGAAUUGUCUUAUAUGGUUAAUUCUAAUGAUCAGAACUUGGGAUCUCAAAUGGGACAAGUAGAGAACUUGGAAAGUAGUGUUAACAUGGAAGGUCUAUCUACUCCACAUCUGGAAACUAACGGUCCAAGUAGAUUUGAUUCUUUAGUGGACGUUAAAGGGGUUGCCUGUGAUCAUGACAUUUCAUCAGAGCUGGAUCUUAAUCAUCUCAAACCUGCACCUGUAAAGAUUGGCUCUAUGCCAGAUACAGGACCUAGCAUUCCUAAAAUUCUUCACCUGUUCUGCAAUGGGAUUGAUGAGAGCUCUACAGCCAGUAAGCGUGGUGCACUUCAGCAAUUAAUUGAAAUUUCUGUGGCUAAUGAUAUCUCUAUUUGGACCAAGUACUUCAAUCAGAUUUUGACAACUCUACUUGAAGUUUUAGAUGAUUCCGAUUCCUCUAUCCGAGAACUUGCCCUGUCGUUGAUAGUUCAAAUGCUUAAAAACCAGAAAGAUGCUAUGGAAGAUUCUGUUGAAAUAGUAAUUGAGAAGCUGCUUCAUGUAACAAAGGAUAUUGUUCCCAAAGUUUCAAAUGAAGCUGAGAACUGCUUGAACACUGUUAUGUCUCAGUAUGAUCCAUUCAGAUGUUUAAGUGUUAUUGUACCUUUAUUAGUUACUGAAGAUGAGAAGACUCUAGUUAUUUGCAUAAACUGUUUAACAAAGCUUGUGGGCCAGCUAUCACAGGAGGAUCUAAUGUCUCUAUUGCCUUCAUUUUUGCCUGCUAUUUUUGAAGCUUUUGGAAACCAGAGUGCAGAUGUCCGUAAGACUGUGGUAUUCUGUUUGGUCGAUAUUUAUAUAAUGCUUGGGAAAGCAUUUUUGCCACACUUGGAAGGGCUUAACAGCACACAGCUGCGACUGGUUACAAUUUAUGCUAAUCGGAUCUCACAGGCCAUUGGGACCUCUAUAGAUGCAAUGCUACCAACCAAUUAGCUGGAUCAUUUGGAUGGAGAGGUUGGUUUUGGGAAAUGAAUGUACCAACCAAUACCAUGAUUAGCUGGUUCAUUUGGACGGAGAGGUCGGCUAUGGGAAAUGUAUGUUUAUUCAUUUUGUAUUUUUGUAAAUUGUGUGAAUGAAUUCAUGGGGUGAGUUUUUGUAUUUUUUUUAUUUGUUUAUAAAUAUAUGUUUUAGUUCUCUUUCACUUGGUUUACUGAGUUUGGAGGCAGAGUGCUUUUGGUGGGAUCAAGUAGGUAAUUUGCUCCAUUUGUGCCCAAGUUGAUGUUGUAAUUACAUUUCUCUUAUAAUUAUCUUUAUAUUGAUAAAGAUAUCUGGUUUUGGUGAAA